GGCUAAAUGUUGGAGAAUCACAAUGCUGUGAAAUUCAGGAAAUCUUGGACUCGAGUGUAUUCAUGCGUCAUUGUGUGUUUAAUUUUAACCGUGGUUUAAAAUGUGAAUGGAUAAUUCAGUGACUAGCCUCUGUGUUCUAUGAUAAACCCGUGAUAUAGGUGCUGGACGACCGGCUACGGACUUAGUGAAGAAUCUGGUGGGUUUCUGUAGAAGCAGUGUGCGAUGCUCCGCUGGAUUCUCGGCACUCGCGGCUCACACGGCUCGGCUGAGAACCGCUAUGCUGCCCUUUGUAUUGGAGAGGAACAGCCCAAAAACUGUUACACCGAACUGCAGGUGCUUAGAGGCCAUUUCGACAUUGUUCGAUUUCUGGUGCAAAUUGAUGACUUCAGAUUUGGAUCAGCAGGGGAUGAUGGGAUGGUGCUUGUGUGGAAUGUUGAGACGGGAGAGCGGCUGGUAGAAUUACGAGCUCAUACCCAACAGAUCACAGCGUUGACGGCGUUCACAUGCACCAACACAGAGAAACCCCUCACAGCCCUUAUAACAGCUUCGUCGGACCGCAUGAUGUGUCUGUGGGAUGUGGACUCAGGACACCGACUGCUCACCGUGUCCAAUCUACAGUCUUCUGUUAAGUGUGUGUUGGUGUUGGAUCAUCUGGAUGUGUUUCUCUCUGGAGGCAAUGAGCUGUGUGUGUGGAACAAAGACUUUCAGCUACAGUGUAACACUGUACAUUACAGAGACUCAGGCAUCACUGCUUUGGUGGAUUUGCCCAAAUGUUGUGUUGCUGCAGCCAUAGACAAAGAGAUUGUAAUCUUUCAGCUGAAUCUGUCCGGACCCGAAAUGUCGAUCUCGGCCGUCAGCCAUCUGACCGACCACCAAGACACGAUCCGGACGCUCAUCAGAGUCAACGAUGAUCUGUUUGCUAGUGGCUCUCACAUCGGCGAGGUCAUCCUCUGGGAUACCCUUGACUGGACAAUCCAGGCUUAUGAGCGUAUUAUGUGGGAGGAACCAGAUCGAGAGGGCCAAUCGGAGAUCAGAAUGGGGCUGCAGAAACGGAGCGAAGCGUCCAUUCAGCACCUGCACUCAGAUGGAGAGCGGGUAGUUGCAGCAGUGGGCAGUGGGCUGUUUGUGUAUAACACGAGGAUGAAGACAGUGGUGGCGUAUAGGAAGUUUGCUCACGACUCUGAUGUUCUGUACACCACACUUCUGCACAAUGGACAGGUGAUGUCUUGUUCUGAGGAUGGCAGUGUCAGGAUUUGGGAGUUACAGGAGCUUCCCCUACCUGCAGAGCCUGCCUCCUCAGGAUUUUUCGGCUUGUUCGGCACCAUCGGGAAAUCCAGUAAACAGGGUAGUGUGCCAUCCAAGAAGCUUCUGGAAGUUUCUGGUCUGUGUUCGCUAGAGUUGGUUGGUGAUCUGAUCGGUCAUUCUGGAGCUGUGCAGAUGUUUCUGAGCUUUGGCAAGAGGGGAGUGGUCACUUGCUCAGCUGAUCAUCUGCUCAUCGUGUGGAAAGACGGAGAAAGGGAGUCACAUCUGCGCAGUCUGGCUCUAUUCCUGAAGCUGGAGGAGAAAGGGUGCCUCUGAACCUUCUCACACUCGGUCUCACCCUAAAGCAGUUACCUAGGGUGAGGUGAGGAACGGGACGUCGGGUUUUGCAAAAUGCAGCCUGUAAAGAACAUGGGUUAUUUUUUAAAGAAAACACAGAGAGAGAGAAAGAGAGAGAAAGAGAGAGAGAGAGAGCGCAAAACACUUCUUUAAAAAAAAAAAAAGUUAAGCAUGAGUCCUCAACCGAGCUCAACUCCACUGGCGUCUCGCUCUGAAUGCCCCUGCUGUUUAAUAGGAUUAUUGCUGUCGUUUUAUUACCGUGACUCACUGUGACUGAACAAAAAGUAAGUCAUAGCUGUAACUUUUACUGAUCGUGCUUAUAUUUUAUUCCAAAUGAAUGGUUUCCUUUUUAAACUGCACGGCUGCUGUUUGUUCUUGAGCAUUUCUGACAAAUCAUGGUAUUUGAACGUUUUUAUUUUUUAAUGGAUUUUAUAAAUUAAUCAUGUGAUUGUGAUCCUUUGAGGCUCUUUACAUUGUACGUGACUUUUUUCUUUUUUUUAAAAAAAAUUGACUUCAUGUUUUAAAUAUAAAUGAAUAUACUUGCAUAUAAGAUGACUUAUUUGAUAAGUUGUUUUUUUUUUUUUUUUAAAUAUAACAGUAUAUAACUGGCUAUUAACGAGCCUAUUUUCAGAAGAGGUCAUAUAAAAAAGAAGGUCUAGUUUCAUUAUUUGAAAGUUACUCAUUUAGUUGGGAAUUUCUUUCUCUGGUAUACAAGUGCUCGUGCGAGCUAUUGUGAAAGUACAUUUGGUACUGCGGUGUUAUCUGGGAUUUUCCGGUAUCGUUCACCAGAUUCUAGGGGAACGAGUACAACCCCACACCUUCAACUGGAGCUUAUCAAAUCGUACAGUGAGCACGGAGCGAGCUAGUUAAAAGGGAAAGGGCUGGACCCUGGUUUGAUUUGACCUAACGUAGCUGCCUGAAACCCCGCCCCACGUCUUCUGAUGUUUCUGGUGAGUGAAAGAAAGUAAGAAAGAAACAAACCCUUCAGGUUUAGAACAUGCCCACUUCAGAUUUUAAAUUCAGAUAUGGGAGAAAAUAACAUUCUGCAAAUCCCUUAGUGCUGUAUUUAUGUUGAAAUAAAAUACUGCUGUAUUUGUACAUCAUACACUGGAAUAUUGUUUAUGUGAUGUUCUAAUGGUUGGAUCGUUUCUGCACAUUAAAUGACGAUAUGAAACGCCA